AUGCAUACUCACUGAUUUACCUUCUAGAGCCUUCUUCCAUUGUGCAUGUAUAUAGCUGUCAUUGUGUGUUUUAUUCCACUUUUCUAGGUGAUGUCUCAGAAGAGAAUGGCUCCAAGAAAUAGCUCCUCUGUGACUAAAUUUAUCCUUGUGGGAUUUUCAGACCAACCAGCUCUCCAGCUGCCUCUCUUCUUCUUCUUCUUAGGUAUUUAUGUGCUCACUGUUAUAGGCAAUUUGGGACUGAUCACCUUAAUUGGGUUGAAUUCCAGCCUUCAUACUCCAAUGUACUUUUUCCUCUUCAACUUGUCCUUUAUAGAUUUCUGUUAUUCCUGUGUGUUCACGCCAAAAAUGUUGAGUGAUUUUGUCUCAGAAAACAUUAUCUCCUACAUGGGAUGCAUGACUCAACUGUUUUUCUUCUGUUUCUUUGUCAAUUCUGAAUGCUACGUGCUGGUGUCAAUGGCCUAUGAUCGCUAUGUGGCCAUUUGUAAUCCUCUGCUUUACACAGUUACCAUGUCUCCUCAGGUCUGCACUCUGCUGAUGUUUUGUUCAUAUGUGAUAGGGUUUGCUGGAGCCAUGGCCCAUACUGGAAGCAUGCUGACACUUACUUUCUGUGAUUCCAACAUGAUCCACCAUUAUCUCUGUGAAGUUCUUCCCCUCCUACAGCUCUCCUGCACCAGCACCUAUGCCAACGAGCUUGUGUUUUUUAUUGUUGGAGUAGUCAUCACAGCAUCCAGUAUCAGCAUCUUUAUCUCUUAUGCAUUGAUUCUCUCCAACAUUCUUAAGAUUCCUUCUGCUGAGGGUAGAUCCAAAGCCUUUGGCACAUGUGGUUCCCAUGUAGUUGCUGUUGCUCUGUUUUUUGGGUCAGGGGCAUUCACCUAUUUAACAACCUCUUUCCCUGGUUCAAUGGAAGAGGGAAGGUUUGCUUCAGUAUUUUAUACCAAUGUGGUUCCCAUGCUUAACCCACUGAUCUAUAGUUUGAGGAAUAAAGACGUUAAACUUGCCCUAAAUAAAACCUUGAAGAGAGUGCUCUUCUGAUGAGUCUGGUGCUAUCAU